AUGGCUAUAUCGUCUACGACCUCCAUUAGCGGCUCGAACUCGGGACUUCAGAUAGGGCAAAGUUAUGGUCCUAUCACCGCGAAUUUUAAUCCUUCCACUGAGCAGUUUGAAAUAUCAGCGAAUCGAGCAUGUUUACAGGAUUUGCAGACGACCAAUCCUCGACAUGACAAGGAUCGUAUCGAGAAGGACAAGGGUGGGCUACUCAAAGACGCAUAUUGCUGGAUUCUUGAACAUGUUGAUUUCAAACGAUGGCAGUCUCAGGAACAGAGCUCAUUGCUCUGGGUAAAGGGUGACCCUGGGAAGGGUAAAACAAUGCUCCUGUGUGGAAUUAUCGACGAGCUGUUGAAGACUUCUGAAUCUGCUGUCGUAUCGUUCUUUUUUUGCCAGGCUACCGACAUACGAAUAAAUCACGCGACUGCAGUCCUUCGCGGUCUUAUCUUCAUGCUGGUUGAGCAGCAGCCAUCUCUCGUCUCCUAUAUACGGUGCCAGUACGACAAGGCUGGGAAGCAGGUUUUUGAAGAUGUUAAUGCGUGGGAAGCUCUUUCAGAAAUCCUCACUAGUAUCCUCGAAGAUCCGAGGUUACAGACCACCUAUUUAAUCAUCGAUGCUCUGGACGAAUGUACUACGGGCCUAAAUCGACUCCUUGACUUUCUUGCUCAGAAUUCAACAGUAUACCCACAUGUCAAAUGGAUCGUCUCGAGCCGUAACUGGCCAGCUAUUCAAGAGACUCUCGACACGGCGAAGCAAAAAACAAAUCUUUGGCUUGAAUUAAAUGAGGUGUCUGUCUCCAAGGCUGUCGCCGCCUUUAUCCACUACAAGGUUCAGAAAUUGACUGAACAAAAAAAAUACACCAACGAGAUCUGCGAUGCUAUUUCGCGACACUUGCUGUCAAAUGCACAUGGAACCUUUCUCUGGGUAGCCUUGGUGUGCAAGGCACUCGCCAAUGUUCCUCGGAGGCACGUCCAAAAGAAGUUGAAAGAAUUCCCUUCGGGCCUUGAUGAGCUUUAUCGGCGUAUGCUAGGCCAGAUCAAUGAUUCAGAUGAUGCUGAACUUUGCAAGUCGCUCCUGAGCGUUAUCACGACCGUUUACCGACCUAUCACGUUGGAUGAAUUACCUUUUUGUAUGGACUUGCCUGAAGAAGUCGUGGACGAUUUAGAUGUCGCAGAGAUUAUAGGGCUUUGUGGCUCUUUCCUCACAUUCCGGGGACGCACGAUCUCCCUUGUUCAUCAGUCGGCCAAGGACUUUCUGCUUCGAGAUGUGGUUCAUGAAGUUUUUCCGCACGGAAAAGACGGAGUACACGAUUCUAUUGUUUUGAAGUCGUUGCAAGUUAUGUCUGGUGCGUUACGACGCGACAUAUAUAGCCUCUUUCACCCUGGAUAUCCAAUCGACAGGGUUCAGCAGCCGGAUCCAGACCCGCUAGUUGCCCUACGCCCCGCCAGCAGUGUCACCAGAAAAGAAUUUUGGGUAGAGGAACCGGCUUGGGUAAUUGCGCAGCCAGCCAUCCCAGAUGACUGGAGCGCUUGCUUCCAGACCCUCGAGGGUCAUAGCAAGCGUGUCAACUCAGUCAUAUUUUCCCAUGAUUCGAAAUUCCUCACCUCAGGUUCGGACGAUGGUCUGAUAAAGGUGUGGAAUGCUAACAGCGGCGAAUGCUUCCAGACCUUCGAGGGUCAUACCGGCCCGGUCAACUCGGUCACAUUCUCGCAUGAUUCGACAAUCCUCGCCUCAGGUUCAAACGAUGGCAUGGUCAAAGUAUGGGAUGCUAACAGCGGCGAAUGUCUCCAGACCCUCAAAAGUCAUAGUGAGUGGGUCAACUUUGUAACCUUCUCUCAUGACUCGAAGCUUCUUGCCUCAGCUUCAGGCAUCUACGAAUAUGAUCCGUUCGAUGAUGAUUUUGAAAGCGGUUCAGUUGACUUGGUUGAUUUCUCUCAUGAUUCAAAGCUCCUCUCAUCAGCAUCAGAAAAUAACACGAUAAAGUUGUGGGAGACUAGUAGCGGCCGCUGCCUCCAGACCCUUGAGGGUCAUAGCAAGCGGGUCAACUCAGUCGCAUUUUCCCAUAAUUCGGAACUCCUCGCCUCAAGUUCGGACGAUGGCAGAAUCAAGGUAUGGAAUGCUAACAGCGGCGAAUGCCUCCAAAUCCUCGAGGGUCAUACCGGCCCGGUCAACUCGAUCACAUUCUCGCAUGAUUCGACAAUCCUCGCCUCAGGUUCAAACGAUGGCAUGGUCAAAGUAUGGGAUGCCAACAGCGGCGAAUGCCUCCAGACUCUGGAGGGCCAUAGUAGCUUAGUCCUCGCAGUCACCUUCUCCCAUGAUUCGCAGCUUCUCGCCUCAGCUUCUUUUGAUAUUACAGUCAGAGUGUGGGAUGCCAACAGCGGUGUAUGCGUCCAGAUCCUCAAGGGCCAUAUCGACUCAAUUAGCUCAGUAAACUUCUCGCAUGAUUCAAAGCUUCUCGUCACGGCCUCACACGAUCGUACGGUCAAGGUGUGGGAUGCUAGCAGCCACGAGUAUCUCCAGACCCUCGAGGAUGAUGGUGACUCAGUCCGCUCAGUCACCUUCUCCUAUGACUCGAAGCUCCUUUCCCCGGCCUCGAAUAAUGGUACUGUCAAAGUGUGGGAUACUAGUAGCAGCAAGCUCCUCUACACUCUUGAGAGUUGUAGUGACUCGGUCCGCUUAAAUACCUUCUCCUAUAAUUCGAAACUUCUCGCCUUGGUUUCAGACAAUCACACAGUCAAAUUGUUGGAUACUAGCAGUGGAAGUUGCCUCCAAACCCUCAAGGAUCAUAGUGACUCAGUUUGCUCAGUUGCCUUCUCCCAUGAUUCGAAGCUCGUCGCCUCGGCUUCACACGAUUGUAUAGUCAAAGUGUGGGAUACUAGCAGCGGUAGUUGCCUCCAGACCCUUGAGGCUCAUAGCAAGUGGGUCGACUCAGUCACAUUUUCCCAUGAUUCGAAGGUCCUCGCCUUGGUAUCAGACAAUCGCACGGUCAAAUUAUUUGAUACUAGCAAUGGAAAUUGCCUCCAAACUCUUGAAAAUCACAGCAGCUUGGUCAACUCGGUCACAUUCUCACACGAUUCGAAACUCGUCGCCUCGGCUUCACUGGAUUGUACGGUCAAAGUGUGGGAUACCAGCAGCGGUCAAUGCCUCCAGAAUUUCGAGGGCCAUAGCGACUCGGUUCGCUCAGUCACCUUCUCCCGUGACUUGAAAAUCCUCGUCUCCAUCUCAGCCGAUAGCAAGGUCAAGGUGUGGGAUGUCAACAACGGUGAAUGCCGUCAAGGGUUCGAUAUUGGGAAAUCCGCCUUUCCGAUACCGGCUGACAUCACCAACUUAUACCUUAAAACUGAUAAUGGCAAUAUUCGUCUUUCUUUAGCUGCGGUAUAA